UGACACUUCAAUCCGAAGAGCCCAUGCAUCAUACCAUGUUUCGUGUAUUUUCGAUCGAUUUAUUUUCCUCUGGGACGGCAAAAAUUCGCUGAUGUUACGCUUCGGUUUGUAAUUCUGGAUGGAUGUCGAGUCACUUAUAUUAGACUCUCUCUGUGUCUGUCUGUGGCAUGAAAUAUUAAUCAUGACAAUGUCUAAUAAUGUGGAAUUUUUGAUGUAGUGCAUAUUUAGGUCAUAACAAUAUUACCAGGUGUACAUCACGCUUGUGCCAUCAAAGAUGAACGUUGCUUGUUUGUUUGCUGCUAUGGCUUUUUUCAUAGAAGGUAAGUAAGAAAAUUAAGAGACUGAUUUAAAAAUCCUAAUCUUACUCGUCUCUCUUUGCCCGUCUGCUAGUUGAUCGACAAAAGUCCGUUGCUUUUGGCAAGAUAUCAGUAUGAAGCCUAGUUAUCUUUGGAAUUAUCCGGGUCUUUUCAAAGACAAUAGUUUCCCUUUAGAAAACGGCUGGUCGCGUAGGUACUAAUUUCCGGCUAUGUUUUAACGAAUAUGUCUUUAUAUUUUGGCACUCGUAAGUUCUUUUGAACCGUUCAUUGCGUUCAAUUAAGAAACUUAACGCUUUGAUCCUUCGUAGGUGGUCAACUGAAUUUUUAUGACGCUUUUGUCGUGAUACACAGUCACUUUCACUGCCGCCAAAUAAACAUGAGAAAAAUAAUCAGCUUUAGCUAUUGAAACUAGCACGCACUGAGCCUUGAUCUGUCAAACUGAAACAAGUGAAUCAUUAUUGUAACUGGGGGCAUUGAAGCUUUUCUGCUUUUGAAACUUGCCGUUGAACUGAAACGCUAUUAGUGCGUAUUGUCAAACUGCUGCAUCGGCGAUUGAAAAUGAGGGUGAUAUUUUGGAACUCCCCAGGUCCAAGUUAAAAUAAAUAUAUUCAAAGCAUUCGAGAAUCGAAUGCACAAGUCAUUUAUUAUUUUCCGCAAAUCCAGCAUGACUCGAAUGAUCCGAUAAAGAAAAAAUUUGCAUAAUUUUAGGGCUCCAAUACAAAUUCGCAGUCCUACCUUAUGUUUGUGUAGGCUUCCUCAUGGACCACCUGUCGUUCUGCCGACUGAACUACCGACUCUAGCUAUGAGACGAGCUCUUUUUUUGCAUUUGCACCCAAAAAUCUAACGGAGACACUGCCUUGUGUUAUGUGAUGUUGAGAAAUAAAAUGUUCCAGUAGUUUUCCAUCAAAGUUUAUCUUGACCCAAUGAUCUAUAUUCCUAAGUAAACGUUCUUUGGGCCUUUUUCGGGAAGCUGUCGUGGAUUUCCGUAAGACUUCGUAAUUCUCAAACGGCCGGUGUGGUAUGAGUCGGCUUUAGUCAGUAGGUACCAGUGACUGAAGCAAUCGGUAUUUUUAGCUUGAGAUGUAACAAUUUUAUGGAACCGCCACAACUUUGAAACAUAAUAUUCUAAACCCUUGUCUGAACUUUCGAGCUGAUUUAGUAAGCAAAGGAUUUUACUCGUUGUUUGUUAUACGGUAAUUGUGAGGCGGUAGCGGUGAUCGAGGUUGUAUAAUUGUGUAUCUAAACCACCAACUCGGUCAGUAACUUUUGCUUGCCUAGUCAUUAAACGGCGUCUUUCCAGGCCCAGUCUCGGUCAAUGCAGUCAGCACGGACCACGUGACGCGAAACGCGUAGGCCGCGCGGAAUAAUGAGACCUAGUGACUAGGCAAACGUUUGGCCACAUGUAUUUUAACCCAUUCGCUCCUGGAGAUUUUGCCGAAAAACGCGUUUUGAAGCUAGUCGAGUGGUUUUCUGGUCACUGUCGUGCUAUAAAGAGCUAAAACUUACCACAAACCGGUUUACAGGUCGUAUACUUCGUGGCCUUCUGAUCCAGAUGCAAAAUAUCAGCUUGCGGCGAAGUUCGGGCAUGCGCGCGCAGAAAGCAAAAUUUCGCUUUCUCUCCUCCCCUCUUUUUUCGCUUUUCUUGCCUCAUUUUUUCUCUUGCUGGGCAUUUAGUAGGCUUCCUUUUGGUGGGAAGAGUUUUUAGGAAAGCUUUAAGGAUCUUAGGAUUAGGUGAAAGGAAAGGCAGGUGAGCAUUAAUAGAACAAGAUUUUCAUGGAGAUUUUCAGGUCAAUGUCACAUGGUUUUUUGGCCAAUCUCCGGUGUCCUUGACUGAAUUGUGCUCAUUCUGGUAUGGUUUGAAAGAUCUCUUCACUCUGCACAACUUAGUGGACAAAUUUGUCCUUGACCGUUAAAACUGAUCACGUCACAAAGGGUAGAAAGGACGUGGAUCCGCACGGGCGGUUACAGGCGGUUCAGGGGCGAAUGGGUUAACGAAGCCAAGCCAUAGCCUAAUUCUCAGACAUCCGAGGUUGCUGCAGCCCAUUCGCUUCUCUCCCUCGGGAGAGGGAGAGAGAAGCAAAUGGCCGGUGAACGACCUCGGACGUCUGAGAAUCAGGCUAGCCAGCCAAAGAAUCUACAACAUCGUUCCUAUGGUCCUCUCAUUUACUCGUCCCUUAGCUAGAGAGACGAGUCCUAGGACCGAGAGAGUAGAAUAGAAGUCAGGUUGCCUUCGCAGUUGUACGCUUUGCCUUCCCACCCAAGGUCACCUAAAGGCACUCAGACGUUGUGGCAGUUCACACUAGGAAAAUUCUUAACAUUUUCAUCGUAGUCUAUACUGGCUAUCGUUAGUGCGAAUGUCCGUCAUUCAUUACAUUUCAUAUCAGGCUUGAUAUAUUGUUAAGGGUAACUGGGCUCUUAAAAGAUCUUUUAUAUGUCCAAUAGGGGUCAUUAUAUAUCAUCAAUAGCUCAAACACUGGAAGACUAGUUGUCUUAAUUUCUCGAGCAUUUUUUUGUGCUGUCCUAACGAAAUGAUGCCAAACGGUAGGUCAAUGAGAACUGAGUAGAGCUACAAUUAUAGAUGAGCAGUUACAAUAAUCAAAAGGAAGAGUUUAGUUAACCUAUUAACUAUAAUGAUGAAUUUUCAUUUCUUAUUGAUUGAUUUUUGCAGGUUAUUUAUGCGAGAAAAACGUAGCGUGUGCCCAAAGAACUCUUGAUGGCAAUUGCUGUCAGUUUCCAUUUUAUUACAAGAACACGAAAUACAAAAGCUGCACAAGUCAUGGAGAUGUUAACAAUCGCUUUUGGUGCGCUACAGACUACAAGUACGAUAAAAAUCACACUGAAGGCUGGGGAUACUGCAAAUGUAAGACUCUGCUAACUCUCCGGGGGGGGGGUACUCCUGUGAAUUCUUGGUGGGAGUGUGCGUGUUGCGCGGUUCUCCAAGUCUUGACCCUACUUCAGACCAAAAGACGUCAUUUUUUCUCACCCGUUACCAGCCCUGGCCUCCAAAAUUCAUAACCAUUUUCAGACCUGGUCUCUAAGAAAUUAUGUCAUCGUUACUUAGAUUAGAACAGUAGCAAAAAAGAUGUCGUAAAAUCCACUUCCGGUCGCUUAUUUCUCUUUUCUUUCUUAAUACUCAUUUGGAAUUGAAGGAUCAAUACGUUCUAUACACUCCCGUAGUUCCCUUGAAAACCAUACUCGAUGCCAGACCAAAUUGAGCAAAGUCAUUCAAUUUUGAAAGCAAGGACCAACUUCCAAAAAAGAAGGACCGAACCCUAAUAAAGGAUCUAAUCAGCUAUAAUUGGAUAUAUGGAAACAAAAGAAGCAAGGCUGAUUUUACAUUAGGGAAUAUAUAUUUUUCUUUUACCAAUAUUAUAGUAUUUAAGACCCUGAAGGAACGCCGUGCCUUCCGAAAUACUGGUAUAAGAAAAAUAUAUAUUCCCCACUGUAAAAUCAGCCUAGCAAAGUCUCAGUAUACCUGUUUUCAGACCAAAACGCCCUUUGCCGUAGUGCCAGUCGUGCAUUCACUUUUGUUUUAUUGAGCAAAAAUCCUACCGUUUAGGGAGGUACAUACCUGUAUGACUUGUAUAAGUACCCCUACCCGCACCCCCCACAACGAGGUUUUUAACUUUGGGUGUCGAAAUAAAACGAACGCUAAACUUCCUUUUGUUAAUCCCACGAAACUAACGUGAACUCGAGUAAAACUCACGCAUCGAGUUCAUAAACCACACGGCUAUUGGAAUUCGUACAAACGAGAGUGGGCCGAACUUUUUAUUUUAUCGAAAAUAGAGAGAAGAACUAAGAGAUCGAAAGUUAAAGAAAUCCAUCAAGAGGAUUGGAUUGUUAACGAUCCAACCUCGUCCCCAGGGCUUUUCCCUUAAAAAAUGGGUGGGGCCUUUCCCACCCCACCCAUUUUUUAAGGGAAAAGUCCUGGGGACGAGGUUGGAUCGUUAACGUUACAAUCCAAUCCUCUUGAUGGAUUUGCAUGGAGUCAUCAGAACAAACUGGUGCUUAUAUCUCCUCACCAAUUUGUACUAACAGGCUGAUAUUUAGCAAAGGGGCUUUUUUCAUCUUUUCCUUUCUGAAGCUGAAUAGAGGUCUUGAAAGGUUUCAAUAUUCAAACUGAAGCAUCCAUUUAUUUUGCAAAAUAAAUACAAGUGUGAGCUACUUGAUUGAACAGAUUGCACGUUUCGAUUUUUUGCAAGAUCCGUUUUUUAAUUUUUGACACCUCUUUUGUUUGUCAGUCAGAAUCGGUGUGAAAUCACAGUGCUUUGUAAGAACUACCGACGGAAUUUGCUGCGUCUUUCCCUUUCAAUAUCGCGGUAUCGAGUACACAAACUGCGCGACAUCAGAGGGGAAAUCCCCCAAGAUGCACUGGUGCGCCACCCAGGCUGGAUUUGAUGAAACAAGAAACGGAACAGGAUGGGGCUACUGCGCAGGUCAGUAAACCCUGUGUGCCAUUGUCUUGAAAGAGACAUUUGGUUUAAAAUUCAGUGCCAACAAAAGUCAAUAUCCCUGCCUCUGCAUAAUCAGUUGAGAACCUGCACAGUCCCUCGGUGUAGUGACUAUACGCGCCCUGGAGUUGUAGGACAAUCAUUUCACCAACUUACAGUGUACAAUCUAGAACUUAGAAUAUUUACCGCAUUGCUAAUAGUGGGCUCCUAAGGUGUACACAUUGUCCAUCCCGGGACGAUAUAAAUGGCAUCAACGAAUAUGACUUACAAUUCUCCAGCAAUGAAAACGAUCAAAUAAGUAUGAACUCUAGAGACUGAGUAUACAAUUGCCAUUAAGGCCGCUACGUUUUUACUAAAUAAUUGGUUAUAAUUAAAAGGAGAAUUUUGUUACUUGACUGGCCAGUAUUAUAUGGUAACUUGCCUUUAACUUCAGAAUGCAGCGAAACCGAGCGGACAUAUGAUAAAACUUGGAAUGUUCUAGUAAAAUAGUGGUAAAAUGGACUGGAUUGAUAGAACAUGGAGUAAAUAAAACAUGGAGUGAACCGAGGGGGUUAGAGCGUUGAAAUUGUAAUCCGCAGUCCCGAGUUUAAGAGUCCCGUCCUGACCAACAAUUGGAUUAAUUCACGUUCUGAUCCUGGAGUUCAAAUCCUUGACCACUCUGGUAAAUAGCUAACUGGUUUGUGUCCGUGAGUUUGGGACUCCUAACUUUAUGUUUAAUUAAAGUUACUUCUCUAAUUCACUGCUCGGUCCACAGGCUUUUAUUCUACAAAUACUGCGUACGCCAAUUUUUUGUGAAUUUUUUUUGCAGGAGCAACCUGCUUCACAUGUCGAAGCACAGACUCAUGGAAGCAGUGUAACAUCAACAGAGUUAAAAAGAUAUGUCCUUACGGUACAGAACACUGUGCUAAGUUUAGCGGCCAAGAAAGCUCGAACGCCUCCAGUAGCAUCAAGAAAAUAUUUAUAAAAGACUGCGCUGCUCAAACUGACUGUUAUAAUUCCGAUCGCCACUGUAAUAAGCAUACCGUUUUGGCUGGUACAUGCUCGUAUGAAUGUUGCCAUGGAGAUCUUUGCAACAAGGGUAGAAGCUCCAAAGAGAGUGUUAAUGUGAGACUGGUUUUAAUUAUCACUGUUUUCGCAGCUAUAAAAUUUUAUUCCAAGAUAACGUGAGCGUGUAGUUUGUGCACAUGCAUGGUGAUGAUGAAUACUAAUAGCGUCCUAAUUACGGUCCUGGAUUUUACUGCGUAGAAGUGUUGCCGACUAGACGUCUGAUGGCGUUCAACAAACAACUGUUAACAAAACAGUAGCUGCAAAGGUCAUCAGAGAAAACAAAGAAAAGGGGGAUGUAUUGGAGGCAACAUUACAUAGGUCACUUUUACAGCAUUUGACUUCACAAUCCCCAGUUCUUGCUUCAUUGGUUUGUGCACAAGUUUGGACAGCAGUUCCACAUAACCUAUCGUUGGAACAACUUCUUGCCACCUGAAAGAAAUAACUAUUAACAUAUUAACUGAACUAUAAGUUCAAACACGCUGUUAUACAGACAAAAGAUCAGCGCAGCCAAAACUGCCGAUAUGAAACAGGCCCUCAGGUAUAAAAAUGAGGCAUAUACAGACGGGAAAAUAACGAGCCCCAAAGGUCAUCCAAAUUUCUAAGGUGACAAAUCGGAUUAGAGUAAAUUUAAUUGACCCGUAAAACAGAUUAUAACAACUAGGGCAAAAUAGCUAUAUAACUAAACAAAAGAAAACAAUAGAUUAACUGUACAAUAGUGCGUACCUUAUUAAAUAUCACUUAUUUUCGCGCGACUUUAAUUUCGCGAAUUUGGAAUAGAAAUAUUUCGCGGGACCAGACCUAUCAUACAUUCACAUUUCACUUUCUUUCAUUGCAUUAAAAUUACUUUAAUUACUUCUUACGUGUGAUGAAUGAAUAAAUAAUGAAUUAAUACA